GGGAGUUUUGCUUAAAUAAACUGUUACUCCACCGAAAUCGGAGUGGUUGCAUAUAGCACCUAAAUCUACUAAGAGAUUACUUCAGGAACCAAACCAGCCACCAUGGAUACACAUGGAAACAAGAACUUUAACAAGCUGGCAUUCAUCCUUCUUGAUAUUGUCACUGAACAUCUCAGGAAUAUUUUCAGACAAGAAUGGGACACCCAACAUCCAAGCAAACCCUGGAAAGAUGACAAAAACAGUCUUCUUUACCUGAAAACAGAAGCCAACAAACUUGGUACUUGGAAAGAUUUGAAGGCCCCCAUGUCAGGGGACCUCAAUGAGUGGGAUCCAACUAACUUAUUCUAUGCUCUACUGUACUCUAAAACCAUAACUAUUAUGGCAGCACAUCGCCAACAAAUUGAUAAACUACGACAAAUAAGAAAUAAGUACAUUGGGCAUCAUUCCAGAGCAUCGAUAAGUAACACAGCAUUCAAAGCCAUCUAUCAAGAUAUUGAGAAGUGCAUGAUUGGCCUUAACUGUUCCAGCUAUGUGCAAAAACAAAUGGAAGAUGUCAAAAAUGAAAUUAUAAAAGUGCCCGAAGAUUACAUGAAGGGAGUGGAAGCAAAGCUGGAUAUAAUUAAAAGGCUUCUUAUGCAGUCACAAAGUUUUCCACGAAAAUAUGGAUAUUCCAUGUUAAUCCUUUUGGGAGUUAUGAUGUUUUACGAAAUAUUUAACCCAGUUUCACAUCCAACCUGUGACCACAUAGAUAUGUGUACAAGAACAACAUGUAGUAACUCUAGAAGUUUCUUCCCUGAGUCACGGAAGCCUAGCUAUUACAUAGGCCAUGAUGAUGAAAUAAACACAGGUGUGGGUGUUCUGGCCAAUGGUUCUUAUCCAAUGGUCAGCAUUACUGGUCCACCAGCAAUUGGCAAAACAGCAACAGCAGCAGCAGUAGGACAAGUCUUGAAGAACAAUCAUGGUUAUCAAGUGGCUUUCAUUGAUUUCAAACAAAUAAAUGUGAGUUCCAGUUGCAUCAGAACAUAUAUUUACAAAGAUAUUGUUUUGUCGAUAGAUUUCGAAUUGGAAAUUGUGCCUAAUUCAGUGCAAGAAUUUAAAUUGCUGAUGAUAAAACUAACAACAUGUCCGACACUUCUCAUUUUUGACAAUAUAGAAAACAUUUUGAACUCCACAUCAAAGUCAUUAUACUACGAAGUAACAAAACUAUGUUUGGCAAUUAACAAAAUCAAAAUCCUUACUACAUCUCGAAAAGAUUUUGAUAUCAUUGGAGUGUCGAUAUAUCCAAUAAAAUUGGAACCAUUGCCAAUAUCACAGUCAACAGGUGUAUUGGUUUCACUUUUGCCAGGACUUCAACAAAAGAGGUUAGUUAAGAUAAUAGCAGAGAAAACAGGUGGGAUUCCUUUGUUGUUGGAAGUAGCUGCAAGUCUAGUACGUAGCAAGUACUAUGAAGAAGCUGAAUUACUGAAUAGAUUGGAAGAACUGCCAAUAUUAGUUGUUCUCAAUGACACCAAAGACAUGACAGAGUCUAGUAACUAUUACAAGCUCCUUAAGAUUUUAUUUGAUGGUCUUGAUCCAUCUCUCCAAAACACAUUUAUUGCUUUUGGGAUCUUUUUGGAUCGGAGCAGUACCGAUACUGUAGUGAACUUGAACUUCAGUAAAAAAGUUGACCUUUAUCCACUUGUAAACUAUAAUCUCUUGAAGACAUUUGACAUUCCAAGUGGACAAAGAUUGUAUGGAAUGCAUCCUGUUGUCAGUGAAUUCACCAGAUUGGUUGCUAAGGAUAAUUCAUGUUUUUCAAAGAUACAACAUACAAUGUUUGGUUCUUGUUAUAUGACAACAAAUUCACUUAAAUGUGGAUCGCUUUCAUUUAUUAUGGCAGAUCAUAGUAACAUGACAUUACAGCAACCAAUAUGGGAACAUAACGUACAAAAAAUUCUAGUUCAUUAUGGAUUAACUGAACGUGAUGAGCUAUGGCUUGGCAUUAUAGCAUUUCACUUAGGACUUGAAUUUUAUGACCUUGGUCAAUAUACUGAAAGCAUAGAUUAUCUACAUCAAGCAAUUGAACUAAUUAAAGAAGACAAUAAUCAAUUUCUUAAGUGUCUGGCAAACUUUGCGGUAAAUGCAACAGCAAAAUCCCUCAAACAAGGCAAAUUAAUUCUGAAUAUUGAAUUUAGCAAUUUAUUGCUUAGGACAUUGAAAUUGAUCAAAACAGACCCAUGCUUUGUUGCCACAAGUCUGCUUGACCUUGGCAUCUUAUCCAACAACAUGAUGUUUCAAGAAUAUGCUGUGUUUGUUGUAAGUCAGGCCCUGACAUAUUAUAAACAACAAUAUCAAAAUCAGAACUGUAGCAAAGAAAAUUUGGUAUCUUUGUCUUUAGAGCUUGGAGCGACCUUUUAUAACCAUGGGAAAUAUCAUGGUAGCAUAAAUGUUUUACUCAAGUCAGCUAGUCUACUGAAAAGUCAUGAUGACCAACUUAUGACUGAUUGGUUACUUGCUGAUAGUUAUUAUAAGACACAAGACUAUGAAUCCUGCUUUCAAAUUGUUCAAAGAGUCCUCAACAGUUCUUAUGAAGUUGAUUAUCAUAAACAAAAGCAUGUGUUUCAAGCUCUGACAGACUUAGCCCUCAAAGCAGCUGAUACAUAUAUCAGUCAAAGUAAUAUUAAUAUGACCAUCCAAUUCAGUAUUUUGUCUCUCAAUACACUGAAAAUGCUUGAAACAGAUUCAUGUUUUAUUUCAUCACUCUAUUUCCACAUUGGGCUUAUGUUCUAUAACCUAGGGACAUUUUAUAGACAUGCUGCUUUUGCUUUUAACCAGACUUGGACAUUUCUUAAAAUGAAUGAAUGUGGUGAAGAAGAUUUGGGGCUUGUAGCAUUUUACCUUGGGGGAGCCUACUAUCACUGUGGCCAAUAUAACGAUAGCAUAGAUGUUCUACGCAAAGCUGUUGAUCUAUUGGAAAAAGAUGAUGUACAUCAAUUUAUGGCUAAUUGUUUCCUUGCUUUUAGUUACUAUGAGAUACAGGAACAUGAAACAUGUUGUCAAAUUACAAAAAACAUCCUCAGCAACAAUUCUUAUUUGAACACACUCAACAGCUCUUAUUUGUGUAUAUGGGAUCUUGUGAAUCUGGCAAACAUUUCAGUAUUGGCAGCAUACCAAUACAUAAAGCAAGGCAAAUUAAACCAGAGCAUUGACUUUAACCAUUUAUCUAUUGUGACAUUGGAAAUGGUUGAUGAAUCUUCGUGUUUAAUUGCUUCGCAGUAUUGUAACCUUAGCCUUGCACUCUUUCGUGUGCAGAGACAUGCAGAUGCAGCAAUUGCUUUAAAUAAGGCACUGGAAUUGUUUCACCUGAAUGGGUGUGAUGAAGAACGGGUUGGAGUUGUAGCACUUUACGCCAUUAACACAAUAGUAUAAAGGUUUUACUUGGAACAAUUGACCUAUUGAAGAAAAACCCUGAUCAACAGUUUCUGGCUAAUUAUACUCUUUUUGCUAGCUAUCUUAAAUUACACGACUAUGGAAGCGGUUUUCAACUUCUUAGGAAGGUCUUUGACAGUUUAUAUAUAGAUCAGGUUGAUCAUCUGAGGUACAAACAGGAGCUUGAGAUUCUAAGAAAGUUUGCAAGAACAUACUGUAUAAGAAAUUGCAAUGCCAAUCUAAUCAUUGAUUGGCAAUUAUAUGCACAAUUUCUUUUUUUUUUUCAGUGUGUUAUUAAGUUAUUUAAAUGCAUAGGUGCAGAUUCUAAAGGGGACGGGAGACACGUCAUCCCACAUAUUUUUGAGGGGGGGGGGUGGUCCCCUCAAAGUUUCGACUGCAAUGUAAUUUCAUAGUUAAGAUGAUGCCUGAAAGUUUUUGAAAUGAACUGCAUAAAUGAUUCAGGUUUUAACGAAAAUGCGCUGUACAGUCCGAGUGCAGUGCUGUCAUUACGGUACUGUGCAUCUUAUAGCAAGAUACUGGUAUCACUAACGUCUGAAUUACCUAUAAUAUACAAUUCGAGUGUGCAUGCUUUUCUUAUAAAUUGAGAAGCAUGAGAAAAAGCAUAAGAUUACGUCAUACGAAGUAGGUAAAAUAAAGUAAAUACAUCAAAGACAAUUAAG